AUGGCAGCGUACUUCUUUGCAUCACCGGUGGACGUAGACGUGAAAUUGGAGGGAGAAGAUGACCGGAAGAAGGUCGAGUUGAAGGGAGAGAAAGACAAGGCUAUCUCAUGUCCCGUCUAUUACGAUGGUGACGCCGUUGCUGGCCAGGUGACAGUGCGCGUUCGGGAUGGCAAGAAAUUUGCUCAUGAUGGUAUCAAAGUAGAGUUCAUUGGCAGCAUUGAACUGUUCUAUGACCGAGGUCAUCACCAUGAAUUCCUAUCUCUAUCACAAGAGCUGGCUGCACCAGGGGAGAUGCGGGCAGCUCAGACAUACGACUUUUUGUUCAAGAAUGUUGAGAAGCAGUAUGAGAGUUACCAGGGCAUCAAUGUGAAGCUACGGUACUUGAUCCGAGUAACAAUAUCCAGAAGAUUAGCAGACGUCACCAAAGAGCGGGAGAUAUGGGUACAUUCGUACAGAAUGCCUCCAGACAGCAACAACUCAAUCAAGAUGGAGGUUGGUAUUGAGGACUGUCUACACAUCGAGUUCGAGUACAACAAGUCUAAGUACCAUUUGAAGGACGUCAUCGUUGGCAAGAUCUACUUUCUACUCGUUCGAAUCAAAAUCAAGCAUAUGGAGCUCUCCAUUAUUCGGCGUGAAACCACGGGCGCACCACCGAACCAAUACAAUGAAAGUGAGACAAUCACGAAAUUCGAGAUUAUGGACGGCGCGCCAGUACGAGGAGAGACGAUUCCCAUACGUCUCUUCCUUGGCGGCUUCGACCUGACGCCGACGUUCCGUGAGGUAAACAAGAAAUUCAGUGUGCGAUACUACCUCAACUUGGUCCUCAUCGACGAGGAGAACCGGCGAUAUUUCAAACAGCAAGAAAUCACUGUUUUCAGAAUACCGGAGAACUGA